AUGGAAGAGGAUCACGAUCCGAUUCGGCUUCCAAGAAACCGCAAGUGCCCUUCACCUGAACUAACGAACUACGCCAACAACAACAAUAAAACCUCAAAAGAGCUAAAGAGGCUUGCCUCAUCUAAGAACAAAUUUAAUAGAAAAAUGAAGAAUUCCAAUGAUCGGUAG